AACAGGAAACCUAGAGGGAAGUACUGCCAUUCUUUCUUUUCUCAGUGUGCUCAGGCAAAUCCUGGGUGUUGGUUGCUGUUGAAAGUGUUAUGAAGGAUUUUUAAGUAUUUUUUGAAAUCUCUGCCCCUGUGUGACCAUAUAGGGGCUUUUUUAUCAAAUCAAACUUCAGACGUUUUUCUUUUUUUCAUUUCUUUUUUUUCAUGCUGCUUUUUAUGUUAGCAUUUUGUCAAGACUGCUUACUUUUCUUUUCUCUGAUUCUCCGCUAGAACAUUUUUUCAUAGGUAUUUUUCUCCACCUUAAAGUCAGGUUGUGUGCUGCUUUCACAUGUACCGUGGCAUGUCAGAGCAAAACAUCCUUUGAGCUUCUCAGGAGUGAUGACUGCAGUAAUGUGAACAUACCUUUUUGGGAAUCUACAUACCUGUUUUGGGAAUUGUAUUGUUUAAUUUUUUAUCCGAGUAAGUGACAAACUUGGAACCAUGAGUUUCAAUAACAUUCCUACAAAAUCAGAGGUCAUGACUUGGGAUCCACCACACUUAGCUGACUUUCUGAAAAGGCGAGAACUGACGGGUUGUGACAAAGUAAUCAUGAAAUGCAAUAUGAAUGGACAGAGAUUUCUGAACAUGUCAGAUAAUGAUCUUCAAAAAUUUCCCAAACUUCACGCUCCGCUUAUCACCAAGAUCUGUCGGGAAAUCAACAACAAGAAAGAAGAGAAGAGAAGUCUUUUUCCUAGAAGAACCCCUGCACCUGCAUUCCAAGAGACAGUUGUUCAGGAUGACCAAGGGUGGGAUUCAGAAGAGUUUGAAAGUGACUAUGAGACCCCAGAUUCGAAUGAUGAAGGUGAGGGCAGUGGUGGAGAUUAUGAGUCGCCAGCAGAAGGAGGAGGGGAGAGCGAUAAUGAUUAUGAGCCGCCCCCAAGUGAGCCCCCUGAUGACCUACAGCAUCACCAGAUCCGUGCUGCCAAGCCUAUGAGCAACAGCGAGUAUAUUGACCGAGCUCAUGCUUCAGUCAAAAGCCAGCCUCCAGUGCCUCCUGCACGUCCUGGGCCUGGUCCUCCACUCCCAACCCCUGGACCUGGACGGCCAAGUACUGCUGGACCAUACCAGAGGUCAGAGCAAUCCCCUCACAGACCUCAGAAACCACCUCCUCCUGACCGCAGUAAAAAACCAAGUACUCUGGAAAGAGGGUCUAACGCUCCACCAGCCCAAGGAGGACAUCUCUCAAAUGAAAGGAAUGCCCCACUCCCAAGGAGUGCUACUGCUCCUCAGAGGCAAUUUGCAGAACCUCCAAGAAUGCCCAAGCCUCCACUACCUACAGGGGGAGUCCGGAGGACUGCCUCCUCAGUCUCUAAUUACAGGCAAACACCUGAACCCAGAAACGAGUUCCUCGAUGACAGUGGCAGACAUGGCUCCAACACCUUCCCUCUGCCCAGAAAUCCUUCACCAAGACCACCACCACAAAGACAUGGUGGUCAACCCGAGAGUGGGCACCAGACCGGAUCCCUGCCAUCAAGGCUUCAGGAAGCAAUGAACAGCCACAGGAGUAGUUCAAGAGGCCCACCGCAGCAACCAAUGAGGCCCCCUGACCUAGAAACCGGGGAAGAGCAGGACAUGGACCCUGCUUGGUAUGUGGGCCAGGUCACACGCAGUCAGGCAGAGGGCAGUCUGAGGCGGGUAAACAGGGAUGGAUCAUUCUUAGUACGGGACAGCUCGAAGGGCUCGGUCACCCAGCCCUACACGCUCAUGGUCCUUUACCAGAACAAAGUCUUCAACAUCCAAAUUCGCAAAGAGCCACAUGGCUUCCUGCUUGGUACAGGCCUUAAAUCUAGUGAGAUCUUUCCAAGUGUCAGUGACAUCAUCAGCCAACACAUGCAGAUGCCGCUGCUGUUGAUUGAUGCUAAGAACCGUGGAUCAGGUCAACAGAACCAGUGUUCUCUGACUCACCCUGCUGGAUUUUGACCCUUUUCUCCACACCAGUAACCAGACCACAGCACUAGAGGACGAAACAGAAGAGCAGGAUCUUCCACCUGACCUGUUUAAUAAAAGAAGAAAAGCCUCCUUUUACUUCCAAUUAGUAACUAAUGCAUUCCCAGAGGGAAUUUUGUAUGUGUUUUUUAUGUCAUAUAUUUUAUGGAUUUAGUCACAGCAACAUGCUGAGAUUAUGGACUAUUUGUGUGUCGUUACUUUUGAGAAAUUAGUCUGCGCUGCUCUUUUUUUAUAGCUUUGUGGACAAAGGAAAGCAAAGAGGAGCUGGAGACCACUGCUGACAUCAUAACUAGGGCAAAUAACCAAGUACAUGAGAUGAUGAUAUUUUUUGAGUUACAUCCAUGAUGAAAAAAAGCUUUUGUAAAUUCAUUGUGUCAGGUUUUGCAUUAACCCAUUAAUGUCAAUAAUUCAUGUCCAUAUCUGAAAUAUUAUACUUCCUUAGACAUCCAUAUUUCUCCGAGCUUGGCCGAGCACAAAUCUACAGAAUUUUGAAAGUCAAGCAAAAAGGAAAGUAAAGUUUUUAUCACUUAA